UUCGGAAGUACGUGGAGAAACAUGCCCGUAUGAAGAUUGAGAAAUGGUUCCACCUACUGGACAGUCAAACAGUCCUCGGGGCCAUCCAACGAGAAUCAUACGGAUACCAAACCUUCUUCGCCAACAGAGUGGGCGAAAUCCAGAUGUCCGGGCCAGUGCAAGACUGGUGGUGGACCAGAGGAGAUCUGAACAUUGCUGACUUAAUAACAAGAGGAGGCAAUCCCAAAGACUUAAAUGAGGAAUCCACAUGGCAAAACGGACCAGAGUUCCUGAAGUGGCCAGUGGAGGAGUGGCCUAUUCAGUCAGCUGGAGAAGUUGCAGCCCAGGCCAGGGAGAGUGUAAACAAGCUUCAAAGAAAGGCAUUCUCUGCUGCACUGACCAGAGCUCAAGCUAAGAUGAGUCGGCAAAAAGAAGACCCACUGGCCACUCCGGAAAAGGAAAGUCCCUGUGAAGAAUCGAAACCUAUUAUGCCAAGAAGAAAACCCACUAGCUGGGUGAAACAUCUUGUGGUUGUAAAAAGGUUCAGUAGCCUGACAAAACUGAUCAGAGUUGUUGCCUGGACACGACGAGCUGCCGAGCAGUGGCUGAAGAGGAGGUCGAACCCAGGACAACCAAAGUGGGAGGCAACACCCAAGCAGGCUGGAUUGGCUGGCACUGAACUAGAAGGUGCACGUGAAGACGUCUUCCUCGCAGCUCAAGAAGGGAGGAUCCAGAUAUUUAACGAAGAUGAGACAGCCGUGCCAGUCUUGCCAUUUGAAGCAUGGGUGUCAACAUUGCUGGCACAAGAAUCCCAUGACGCUAACCACGAGGGGGUAGCAGGAACCCUUCUACGGAUGAGGAAGACAGCGUGGAUAAUAAAGGGCCGGAGAAUUGCCAAGAAAGUAGUUGACAGCUGCAUAGUUUGCAGAAAGAACAGAGCAAAGAAGUGUCAACAAAUCAUGGCAGACUUACCUCCAGAGCGAACCACCCCAGCUGCUCCUUUUGAAUUCACAACCAUGGACCUAUUCGGCCCUUAUGAAGUGAAGGAUGAAGUCAAGAAAAGAACCAGACUGAAAGUGUGGGGAAUCGUCUUCAGUUGCAUGGCCUCCCGUGCCAUACACACUGAACUAGUGAGUGACCAGUCAUCCCAAGGCUUCCUCCUCGCCUAUCAGAGGUUCACGUCACUCAGAGGACAUCCCAGGAAGCUCUGGUCAGACCCCGGCACAAAUUUUGUGGGCGCCAAACCUGCUCUGGAACAGCUGUACACAUUCCUUGACCGACUGGACAAGUCUCAAGUCGAAGACAUGGCUGCCAACCAUGGAACAGAAUGGUCCUGGAAGAUCCACCCUGCGGAUUCUCCCCACAGAAAUGGUGCUGCAGAAGCGGCUGUCAGAGUGGUCAAACGGGCCCUGACCAAUGUCGGCGGAGAUGGUGUCUUCACCUGGGGUGAAUUUCAAACCUUCCUCUACAUGGCUGCCAACCUUGCAAAUGAGCGACCAAUCGAUGCAAGAACUCAAAGCAGGGAAGACUGUGUGGAAUACAUCACCCCGAACUCUCUGCUCCUAGGGCGUGCCAACCCUAAGGGAGAUCCUGGAGACUUCCAGUUUGAUCGCUAUCCUUAUAAAAGACUGCAAGUAAUUCAAGCUGAAGUCACCAAAUUCUGGAAGAAAUGGAGCCAACUAGCUGGACCCAACCUCUUCAUAAGAAACAAAUGGCACACCAAAGAGCGAAAUGUUUCUGUCGGAGAUGUGGUCUGGUUGGCUGACCAAAAUGCCCUGAGAGGACAGUACAAGCUGGCCAGAGUAGUCAGAGCCAAUACGGACAGCAAAGGCAUCGUAAGAGACGUGCUUGUGAGGACCUUUCCCAGCUAUCCUGUCCCCAUCAAGAAGACAAGCGACAAAGAAAAACCGACCACGAAAACCAAGAGGCUCAGACAUCAAAUCCCAGCAACAAUCCUGCAUAGGGAUGUCAGACGCCUCAUCAUUCUAAUUCCCAUUGAAGAACAAAGGAAAGAAGGACCUGUGUGACCCCAUUGGGUUUUGAAAACCAUGAGGGCCAAGUGGGAGGUGUGGAGUUGAAACUCAGUGUGAAUGAAGUGUCCCUGCCCUGGAAGUAAGGAGCUGUCUCCUCCUUAAUCUUACUCCUUGGUGAAGUACCAGAAAGAACUACAUUUCCCAGAACACCAAGGUCAAGAUGGCCACCAAUUGGCUGAUUCAAGGCAGCUGUUAAGGAAUGGUGGUGCUGUCUCAUUUCAUGCAAGCAAGCAGAGCGGCAAGACGCAAAAAUCUACAAGAUCCAUCUUUAAAAGACUUCCAACACACCAAUGGUCGGUGAAUAUACCCACUUUGCAAUAUGCUGAAAUGCUUAUUUGUUAAAACUCACCUUGACAUGUUGGUUUACUUACCUGUCUUAAAUUGUUUUUAGUUUGAACCACAGCAAAUUUACUCCAACC